UCGCCUCUGCCCGCGCCCCAGGCGCCGCGCGUUGAGCUGCAGGGCGCCGAGCUCUGGAAGCGCUUCCACGAGAUCGGCACCGAGAUGAUCAUCACCAAGGCGGGCAGGCGGAUGUUUCCCGCAAUGAGGGUGAAGAUCUCAGGUUUAGACCCCCAUCAGCAGUAUUACAUCGCCAUGGAUAUUGUGCCAGUGGAUAACAAAAGAUACAGGUAUGUUUAUCAUAGCUCGAAGUGGAUGGUGGCCGGCAACGCUGACUCCCCGGUACCGCCUCGUGUUUAUAUUCACCCUGAUUCACCUGCCUCCGGGGAGACGUGGAUGAGACAAGUGAUCAGCUUUGACAAACUAAAGCUCACCAAUAAUGAACUUGACGAUCAAGGGCAUAUUAUCCUUCACUCUAUGCAUAAAUAUCAGCCUCGUGUUCACGUCAUCCGAAAAGACUGUGGAGAUGAUCUGUCCCCGAUCAAGCCUAUCCCUUCGGGAGAAGGAGUCAAAGCAUUCUCCUUUCCAGAGACAGUUUUCACCACUGUCACAGCAUACCAAAAUCAACAGAUAACUCGUCUGAAGAUUGACAGGAAUCCGUUUGCCAAAGGGUUUAGAGAUUCAGGACGUAACAGAAUGGGACUGGAAGCUUUGGUGGAGUCUUACGCCUUCUGGAGACCUUCACUUAGGACACUUACAUUUGAAGAUAUACCUGGGAUACCUAAACAAGGCAUCACAAGGGCAACCUUCUGGACAUCUAGAUAUCAGCUUGAUCAAAUUGACAUGAAGAACUCCCUGAAAUCACAGGAAAUUGGAGCCCAGAUCCUCUUUCUUGGAGAAAAAGCAACUUUUUGAAUGUAGUUGCCUUCCUUGGCCAGAAGUCUUCAUAUGUGGAAAUCAAAGAAAGGCAGGAAAAACAGAAACAAGUAUGAUAUGGUCCACUCCCAGCUUCAUCACUUGUGAUUUCUUUUGCAUUCAUCAAGAUGAAGAGGAGACUUUGAGUUACAUUCCUGAACAUUUUCAAAAUGUUGAAUUCACUGAAUCUGGACUGUAUUUGGGAAUUCUAAAUGUGUCAUAAUGUGUCUGAAUUUCACAGUUUCGGAGACUCAGAACAUGAAAUACAAAACUAUGCCUAGCUCUAUUAGCAAUAAGUUUCUAAGGACAGAUUGAGAGUCCACAGCAAGAUGAGCUUGGAAGAGAAUCACUAUUUCCUCUGGUGCUGAAACGGAUGAAGUCUUUGGGAGUAGGAAGCUUGCUAUUGACAUCUAUUGCUGAAGAGGGAGAAAAGCAGCUCAGCCUGGCCCGAGAUGAUCACAUAUCGGAAGAUGGAUAGGGUUGGAAGCUGGUUG